AUUUCCGACUUAGCGGAACGCCAACAUCGGCUCUCACUUAUAAGAAGAGGGUAGCCGUGAGGAGGGCAAUAUGUCUAUUCAACAAACACCAGCUAUUCUCCUCUAAAAGGUUCUUCAAAAGUCAAGAACAAGAUAGACAAGAUGAAGUCCCAAACGAAGACACAGUUAUUACGCCUCGUAGAGCGGUUGCAGUACAAGUUAUUAUCUAUAUUUCCUCGAAGUCGAAGUCCCGAACCGCAAGUUAUCAAGCCUAGCGCCCACCCGGAGCUUCGCGAUGAAGCUUUGACCUUAGCUACUCAGCUAGAUGGAAAGACCUUUCACCUCCCGGACCUAUGGCAACUCUUCUCAGAAUGGCCGCUCGCUGCCAACCCACACGCAGAGAGGCUCGAGGGCCUCGUGGACUCGAUGCUCGAACGCAUUAUCACCAAUGAGAAAAAGUUAAAGGCUUUAAAGAAGGCAGACUUUGGUCGCCUUAUGUCCCUUUGGUAUCCCGACGCGGAAUGGCCCGAGCUUGAAAUCGCCACCGCCUAUUCAGUCUGGAUUUUCGUGUGGGACGACGAGGUCGAUGCCGGAGAUACUGACGUGUCUAACGAUGAGGAGCUCGCCCGAGCCUACUACCAGAAAUCUCUUCGCACAGUCCACACCCUCCUGGGCCUCGACGAAAGCGAGGGAGCUCAGGAGAGAAUCGCCAAGGAAGAAGAGGCCUUACACCCCAACAUGGCUUUAUUUGCCGAUGUCGGUCGAGGUCUGCGCAACACAACGGACAGGAUACAACGAGAAAGAUUCUACCGCGAGUUAGAAGGUUUCAUGGUCAGUGUGGGUGUGGAACAUGGACAACGAGUGCGAGGCAUCAUCCCUACUGUGGACAAUUACCUCAAGAUCCGAUCAGGGUCUGUGGGCUGUGCUCCUCAGAUUGCACUUACAGAUCACAUGCUUAAAGUAAGACUUCCCGAGACUAUUAUGGAGUGUGCUCCUAUGAAGGACCUCUGGAAGGAGACGGUUGUUAUGUGUCUUAUCCUCAACGACAUAUACUCGGUACAAAAAGAAAUAGCACAAGCAUCACUGUUCAAUCUCGUACCGGUGAUGUACAAAAACUGCAGUCCCGAAAAGCAGACACUAGACACGGUGACCCGCGGCAUCGAAGCGGCUCUGCGGGAAUCUAUGAAGGGGUUCGAAGAGGCCGCGAAGGCCCUUGGGGAGAUGGCGUCAGAUAACGCCGAAGUAAGCAGGGACGUGCAGGCGUUUAUCAAAUGGUGUCGACAUUUCAUCACAGGGGUGCUGCAAUGGAGUCUGGAGUCGAAACGGUAUGGGAUGGCAGACUGCUUGCAUAAAGACGGCUCGCUCAGCAUAGUGCUCUGAGCAAGUCUGCAUAAGUUUUAUUUCUAUACAUUAC